UGGCGACGCGGCCGGCCAGGGUUGUCGUCUCUGCUGGGCUACACCGUCCAAAUGUGGAGCCCUGACCAGCGGGGCGCCUGGACCACUGCCUCCACCCAGCAGACGGCCACCUCCAGCCACACCCCCACGCCCGUCUCCCUCACCGUUACCGACCUUCGCCCGGAGACACGCUACAUGUUUGUGGUCCGUGCCCGUAACUCCCACGGUGUGUCGCGCCCGUCCCCCGUCACCCACACCGUGAAGACGCUGGCCCAGGGGGCUGGGGGCGCGCCGCCUCUUCAUGAAAUUAGGGCGCGUCUUUCCCAGCCCGCCGUCCGCCUCGUCAGUGUAGAACCAGCCUCUGCAGCGUCACUUCAGUUGUCGUGGCAACUGUUAGUAGACUCGGCAUUGCUAGAGGGUGUCUAUGUGCGCUACCGGCCGCUGGAGACUGAACAUGGCAGCCCUGCUGGUGGUCUCAGCGUCGAAACUGUCCCCUUCCACGGCAACGGUCCCCCGCCGACCUCCCACGUGGUGAGCAAUCUGCGGCCCGCUACCUGGUACGAGCUGUUCGUGGUGCCCUUCUACCGCUCAGUGGAGGGUCAGGCCACCGCUGCCGUUCGGGCCACCACUCUGGAGUCGGCCCCGGCUGUGCCCCCGCUGGGCCUUCAUUACUCCUACAUCAACGCUACCGCCGUCCGCAUCACCUGGGACCCCAUCCCUGCCCACUCUUCCAACGGCCGCAUCACCGGCUACAACCUACAGGUAUCGGAUGCUGUGAACCAGAGCCACGUGGUGCUGAACACCACGGUGAACAGCACAUGGACGCUGGUGCCAGGGCUGGUGUUGGGCGCCACGUACCGCGUCACACUGCGGGGCGUCACGGCCAGGGGUCCCGGGCCCAUCUCCACCCCCUUGAACCUUACCAUUCCCCCGGGUGCCACCUCCUACCCACCAGACAUUAAGGAGUCCUCGCCUUUCGACAACAAUACCUACCUCAUCGUGGGCAUCUCUGUGGCCGCCGCCGUGCUCUUCGCUGCUCUGGCCGCCACCGUCUAUUGUAUCUACAGGCGCCGCCAGAACAACAAGUGUCCACAGUACUACAGUAAAGCCUUUGUGCCUCCAUCAGGUGAAGGCAGCGGGCCCUGGUCGGAGUACCCUGGGUGCUGGGGUGAGACAGGUGUUGGUGUUGGCGUGACUGGCACGAUGUACACAGAUGUAGGGAGUCAUGGUGUGCCCAUCACACAGCUAUACCACAGACCAACGGCUCCAGCCUCCAGCAAAAGUGGUUACGAGGGGCGCCAACCAGAGGAUGUGUACGAGGACCCGGACGGCCUCAGGCUCGUGUCCUUCGGUGGUCACGUCGACCCAAGGCCCAGAUGUAUGUCGCCGGAGCCUUACGCCACCACGCCACUUAUCAGGGACAUUUUUCGCGGGCCCGGAGGUAAUCGCCUGCCUCCUAACAUCCCAGUCAGCCCCGGCCAGUCCCCUCUGCCCAACAAGCCUUCCUCUGACGACUCGUGCACUAAGACAGCCUCCAGCGACCACAGCGGCAGCCACGCCAGUCACCGCUCUCACAACUUCAACACCCAACCAGAGAAAGGUUCUCUGACGGGUCCUGUGUUGCAGUUCCCUCCUCCUCCUCCGCCGCCCAUCAUGGGUGGUGAUCAGUCCAGCGAUAAUACUCUCGCUUCCACCGGCAGCCGUGGUCAGUCUCCCUCCACCAGGCUACUGCUUCAGCAGCUUCCUUAUGGUGGUUCUUCUUCUGGGGGCUCACAUAGGUCGCACGGCAGCCCCUUGUUGGGCCCACGCCCCCCACGAUCCAAUCUGCGUGCCCCACCCUCCCCCUUGGCCGGCCACGGAAUGACAGGCACUGGGGACUACGAGGUGCGGCUGAUGAAUAUGCGUGGGCCCCACCCAAGGUUGGAGGGUGACGAACAGCGCUACCGGACCGAACUGGGUACUGAAGACGGUCCCAUGGGACUCAACAUCCCCGAGGAGGCGAGCGACGUUGAGUGGUACUCUCAGCCUCUACUCAACGGCCGCACCUCGCCCGAAUCCUCGACGCUAGGUGACGCUGAAUCUGAGGACGAGUCCCGCUGCUCCUCGGGCGGAUCCUGCUGUUCGGCCGACCACCCUCUCUCUCACGCUCAGGAUCUUAAUUGGGCAGAGGCACUGAGGGCAGCUGGAGAAGCCAGGUGGGGGCGCGGAGGUUCUUUCUGCAGCACUGAUGACAGCACCUACGCGCCCACGCAGUCCCUGCAUGCACGCCCUCCCAGGCCUCCUUGCCCUAAGAAGCACAAGCCACGCCUACAGUACAAUCACCACGCCAACCUUGACCCCCAAACCUCUGUGACCUCACCCCUCGUGUAGGCAGAUGGGGUCAUAGAUGUCAGGCGUUUCGAGUUGUGAAUAAUUGUUGUUGACGCAAGAUAAAGACACAUGACCUGUACAUAAGAUGUAUUUUAUUACAGUGAACGCUAGUCCAAAAUACAUCGCUGUGCUUUGUGCUUGAAAUACGAUAUUUUGUUGUCGCUGUGGCAACACUCACAUAUAACUUAGUGGCCUUCUGUUCUGUGCUCGUCCUCUCACCAAUGGACAUUUCUUUGUGAAGACUCUCAAGAGGGAAAGACUAUUGCGGCAGCCCCAGUGAGGUCUUUAAUUCAGAGCUUUAUCUCCCAGAAAAACAAACAAACUUUUUGUGUGUAAAAUUAUAAAGCAAUGUUAUACGUGUAAACACUAUGGAUAAAUACGUGUAUAAACAGUGUAGUUGGCGGAGACUGAAGUGGUAGACCACAGUACAGCAGCCUGGCCACCACUGUCUCCAUGUUUGAAAACAUAAUUUCCUUACUGAAAAACAAAAAAUAUGCCCCUCGCCUUUCAUCCUGAUUUCUGAGCGUUUUGGAAAUUUUUUAUAUUGAAGUGGAAGCAGUUACAGUGUGUAGUCAGUGGCUGUAAAGUUAGUACACUUCCACUUCGGUUUUCAGGUGCUUCAUGUCGCUUGUCUUUGGUGAAGCCGUCGAUGUUCAUUUGUCCGUGACGGAGUGUGUAUGGGUAGGGGGGGGGGGAGUUUGAUAUCUCUUAGGCGAGACAAAACAAUGGCUGUCGUUCCCCUGUGCUUACUCCCUCCCGUUUUUUGUACAUCACCAAGAUAAUAACCAUGUGCUCUCGAUGUUUUGUAUCCUAGUGUGUUCGAGUUGAUGGGUCGUGGCGGGGAAAUGUUCCAACCAUCUCUGAAAAGAACCAUCCAGCGGUCGGUUGUUGAGGCUGAACUGGAGAGGUUGUGGGAGUUGCAGUCUGCUGUGUGACAAGGAAAUAUUCCUCUCUAAUGCAGAGAAUUUGGGAGCCUACCUCUCAGUUACUAGUCGAGUAGGUUAAUUAGAGUUCAUUCGUGACUGUCGUAGCUUCAUUUUAGUAUAUAAACAGGGCAUCAUAGGAAGAACCAUAACUUAUAAAGUCAUAUUAAGUAAUCUCCCAGAUAUUCUUGUACCGUAUCCGGCAUGGUGAGAGUCAGCUGGAUAGAAAAAGGUUACAUUGAUGUUCGUACAAUAUUUUACGAGCAUCUGUUGCCGGAGGAAUAACAAUCUAGUGUUGCUGAUGGGAAUAUAAGGAACUGUCUCACACAGAUCUGCCUCUUCAACACCUCCAGCCGUCAACAGACUCGGGUGUUAUUCUUACAGUUGGAACUAUAUCCCCUCUGCGUCUCCUACUGAGCCACCCACAGCAGAGUAGUGUUGAGCUACACCUGCCAGGGUUCAUCAUCAACAUGUUUGGGUUCGUGACCAGAGGGACGUGGGCGUCAGUGUGCCUCCCCUCCCAUGGUCUCCUCCGUGACCUCAACACAAGCUGUUGGUACAUACUUGUGGGUGCUAUAUCACGGCUCACGCAUGCGUCUUACGCUCAUGGAACAAGUGUGACGCCCACUUCUCUUAGCAGGUCCAGCAGGGACAUGGUCACUGUCGCUGAAAUACCAGCAGUCAUAUUUAGGCAAUCUCGACCAGUCAUUAAAGUUAAAAUUUCUUGGUAAUAACUUUCAGGACUUGGCAUGUAUAGUGUACCAGGAUACAUGAGUGGUAUUUUGGUGGCUCCUUACUGCAGUAGACAAGAGAGCCUGGCAUGUCCCUGCCUCCAUGUAGGUCGUCACAAUAUGUACAUUUAUCAUCUGAUAUUCAGACCCUUCAGCUGUGAUACAGGAUUAGUCAGUCUGUUGUCUUAACGUAGGCGUGAGUCUACCCCCAGCAGGAGCGGCCGACACAUCUGGACUGACUAGUUACAGUCAGUGGUACUCGUUUUGGCGAAACUGUGGCUGAACUUGCGGCCAUACCUGGCGGGUGACGGUACUCGAGGACCUUUGGUGUUACGUACAUAUCUAUGGUUCAUCCGCACACUAACUUGAGAAUACUCGCUUGUGUAAUAGUUUGUUCAAUCGCACAGUUACCAUAAUUACCGCCCCUGUGAGUAUUAGCACACAGGAGGUGAGUAAGCGUCCACUGGUCCAAAGCUACUUUAUGACCGCACAUACCUACUCCGCCAGAGGCCGCAGGUUGCCGCUGUUCCCGGCUGCCUUGUCUAGCAGGAGGCUGGACGUGGUCACCAAGUUCUACCUGCUCGGUGCUGCUUAUACCCGCCCUUACUGCCGCUGUUGCCUCAAAAUUGUGUCGGCUUUCUUCAUGUAUUAAAUGUCAAUUGCUGUUUUCAAUCGUUUAUGUAUAUUUAUUAUUGUAUGACUUUUUUGGAUUAAUGUAUAAAUUUGUUUGCACUGUGGAUGGUACGGAGAGCAUAAUAAUGCAUAUAAUGCCAUGUCAUACCCCAUCUAUUUUUGCAGGUCCAGUGAUCCUCCAACACUAGAGAAUUGUAUAGAGCAAAUUUAUUGUCAUACAGUGUAGGAGUCAGCGAGAGGCGCCUUGGUGCGCAGGUCAGCUGGGCAGGACGAGUCGUGUGUACAAAGGUAUUUUUAGUCAGUUUGUAUAGGAAUAUUCGAGAGUUUUAUAAAUAAAACAAGUUAAAUGGCA